AUGUACAUGGCAGGCUCCCCAGCAGCUUGGACUUGGACUUGGACUUCUCGACCCUGGUAUCAUGUAUAUUAUUUCGCACAGGACCGCACCAGACCAGACCAUACCAGGUCCUUCUUCUCCACGAGCUCCACAACGGAGCGCGCACCGGCUAGGUCUGUCUCCACGCGUGUACAUACAUAGGCAGGUAGGCAGGUCGGUACGAGUGACGGAAGUCCGAUGUCGACGCAGUAGAGUAUGUACCUACCGGCGUCGCCGCGAGAACUUACAAAGCAAUCGAGCACUCCCUCCCCGUCGUCGCGCGAUCAUCCACCAUCAUCCACGAUCACUCGCCCGUUACGCAUCGGCAUCGAAUGUCCAAUGUCCAAUGUCCAAUGUCCAGUGUCCAGUGUCCAGUGUCCAGUGUCCAGUGUCCAGUGUCCAGUGUCCAGUGUCCAGUGUCCAGUGUCCCAACGCAAUAGGUACUACAUAUAGGUAGAGUACUAUGGAGCACGUAACCCCAAAAUCCAAAAACCAAGAGUGUGGGAGUCGGGCUCGGAGCUCCCAGGGGUGCUCACUGCACUGCUAGGUAGGUGCCCUAGGUGCUCUAGGUAGGUACGGUAGAUGGGUACAACGUACA